AUGAGUGGUUCAGGAAAAGGUUUGAUUGGAAUCUGGUUGUACUGGAACCAGCCUGAUGAUGCUGGGGUUCACCAACCAGAAGGAAAAUCCACCACCACCACCACUUUUUCCAAGCCUCCAUUAGAGAAAGGAAUCAAUAUUUUGCACAUGGAAUCCAGACAAACUCCAAGAAAAGAAUCCUUUGCUGACAUACUGUUGGAGGUUGACUGUGAAUCUGAUAAAAUGCAGGAAAUGUUAGCAGCCAUUAAAGACAAAGUAACAUCAGUGGAUACAAGACCUGUCAACAUGGUAACACAGCAAUCAUCAUCCUUUGACACUCCAGCCAGCUCCAUUUCCGAAAGCUUUGAUUUUGAAGAGAAGGAAGUCCCUUGGUUUCCAAGGAAGAUUUCAGACCUGGAUCACUCUUCAAAUGAAGUCUUACUCUACAGCAAUGACCUGGAUGUUGAUCACCCUGGAUUCAAGGAUGAGGCCUACAGAAAAAGGAGAAUGUAUUUUGGAGAACUUGCCAUGAACUACAGGCAUGGCCAAACAAUUCCAAAAGUGAAGUAUACAAAAGAAGAGGUGAAAACAUGGGGAACAGUUCUCAGGGCACUGAAAGAGCUGUACAAGGAACAUGCUUGCAAAGAAUUUUUGGAAAACUGGCCAGCUUUGGAAAAAUACUGUGGUUACAGAGAGGACAACAUUCCACAGCUCCAUGAUGUCAGCAAAUAUUUAAAAAGGAAAACAGGAUUCAAUCUGAGGCCAGUUGCAGGAUACCUAAGUCCAAGGAAUUUCCUGGCAGGUUUGGCAUUCAGGGUAUUCUACUGUACCCAGUAUGUCAGACAUCCAUCAGAACCAUUUUACACUCCUGAACCAGAUUGCUGCCAUGAAUUGCUUGGACAUGUUCCUUUGUUGGCAAAUCCAAGUUUUGCACAAUUCUCUCAAGAAAUUGGACUGGCCUCACUUGGAGCAUCUGAGGAUGAAUUACAAAAAUUGGCAACUCUAUACUUCUUCACUGUGGAAUUUGGCCUCUGUCAUGAAGGUGGGUCAAGAAAGGUCUAUGGGGCUGGGUUAUUAUCUUGUGUGUCAGAGCUGGAGCAUGCAGUGUCCCAGAAGGCCCUUGUCAGACCCUUUGAUCCCAGGGAUGUGACCAAGAUGACCUGUCAAGUGACCACUUUCCAGGAUGCCUAUUUCUUCACCAAGACUUUCGAGGAGGCUAAAGAGAAACUGAGGGAAUUCACCUUGACCAUCCAGAGGCCAUUUGCAGUGCGCUACAAUGCCUACACCCAAUCCAUUGACGUACUGACAGAUAGCAACAAGAUCAAUUCCAUAAUCAGCGAACUCAAGGGGGACCUUUACAUUGUGAAGAAUGCCAUCAACAAGAUCAACCAGGAGCAGCAGGAAGACAAUUGCAACUUGGAUACCCUGGCAUUGGCCCUUGAGGACCACCUCACCACCAUCACUCCAACAAACUGUUCUCCUAAUUUCCCUUGA